AUGUAUCGAGAAGGAUUUCUUGUCAAGUGUGGCCGAGGGAUUUACGACACACCGCAUAUACUCUUCUGCGUGUUUGAGGAUGGCGUAGUCAAGUUUUACACUGAGAAAGGAGGUAUGAUUGUGGGCGAACUGGAGAUGGCUGGUCAUGUGACUAAAGUGCGUGUGGAGAAAACUGUACCCGGCAAAUUGCCAUAUCGCUUUACAGUCUCAGCUGCUGAAGUGAUUCGAGUAGAAGGUCGCCGUAUGAAGCUCGGCGAACCACGUGUGACUGAAUUUGCAGCCCCGACAAAUGACUUGAUGAAGGAAUGGGCCAACUCGUUGCAUUUAUGGCGCCGGAUGAACUGGAAGGAAAAUGUCAAAUUUUUUGAUAACACAAGUGAACUUUCACAGACAGAGGAACUCGAAGCACUAAAGCUUCAGAUACACACACUUAAGACGAUGCGCGGCCGCUCUAUACCUGGCACGAAAUUUCGGACGCCAUUUGUAAGCAUAAUGCAGGGUCAGCCAUCACCAACGAUCAAAAAAUUGCGAAGAAUGAUGCAAACAGGAUCGGCAGCAUGUACUAGCAUCGCAUGA